AUUUUUUUUUCAUAUUUCAGAUGAGAGGAGUAUCAAAGUUUGCAUGCUCUUUUCUGUACCAGGGCCUGAGGAGUGCUCAGGCGAUUUGCCGAACUUCAGUUCAUAGGCCAAUCAAAACCUGCAUUUCAGAAGCGUACUCUAUUCAGAGCGUUUUUCAGCAUUCAAAGGGAAAUGGAGCACUACAGUCAUUACCACUGACUGUUCUGAGCGAAGAUGAGAGAGCCAUGAAAGAUACAGUUUACAGAUUUUGCAAAGAGCGUGUGAAACCUUUGGUACUGAAGAUGGACCAAGAAUCUCAGAUGGAUGAGGGGCUCAUAAGAGACCUCUUCAAGAAUGGUUUCUUUGCCAUGGAAGUCCCUGCAGAAUAUGGAGGAAAUGGAUCUUCUUUUUUCAAUUCUGUCUUGACAAUAGAGGAAUUGGCCAAGAUUGACCCAUCUGUUUCUGUGAUGGUUGAUGUCCAAAAUACUCUCAUCAACACUCUGUUCCUUAAAUUGGGAACAGAAGACCAGAAGAAGACAUACUUACCUCGUUUGGCUGUUGACACUUUAGGGAGCUUUUGCCUUUCUGAAGCAGGAUCAGGUAGUGAUGCAUUUGCAUUGAAGACCAAAGCUGAGAAGAGAGGGGAUCACUACAUCCUGAAUGGCUCCAAGAUGUGGAUCACUUCUGCCGAACAUGCAGGUCUGUUCCUCGUCAUGGCAAAUGCUGACAUGAAUGCUGGCUACAAGGGAAUCACUUGCUUCAUUGUCGACCGCCAGACGCCUGGUGUGAGCAUACGGAAAAAAGAGGAUAAACUUGGCAUCCGAGCAUCUGCCACAUGCAUUGUUGACUUUCAAGAUGUUCAUGUACCAGAGGCAAACAUUUUAGGAAAGUUUGGAGAAGGAUAUAAGUAUGCAGUAGGGAUGUUGAAUGAAGGCCGAAUAGGAAUUGGAGCCCAAAUGGUGGGACUUGCACAGGGAGCUGUUGACAUUGCCCUGAAGUACACAAUGGAAAGACGCCAGUUUGGCAAACGUAUCUAUGAUUUCCAGGCCAUUCGGCACCAGGUGGCACGGGUGUUGACGCAAAUAGAAUGUGGGAGACUUCUGGUGUAUAAUGCAGCUCGUUUGAGAGAUGCAGGUCUCCCAUUCACAAAACAAGCAGCCAUGGCCAAGUUAUAUGCUUCUGAGGUAGCUGAGGAAGCAGCUUCAAAGGCUGUGGAAUGGAUGGGUGGUAUGGGGUUUGUCAGGGAUAGCCUGGUUGAGAAGUUCUAUAGAGAUGCGAAGAUUGGAUCCAUCUACGAGGGCACCAGCAAUAUCCAACUCAAUACCAUUGCUAAACUAGUGGAGCAGGAGCAAUGAAUAUAUUGGAAGGGAAGGAAAACACAAGUUGCAGGUUCAUCACGUUAUUCUUUCUUCUUCAAGACAUAAAGAGAGACAAUUGAAAAAAUAGAUAAACAUCUAGCAUUACCA